GUCGGGCUCUCGCCGCUUGGGCAGCAACAUUGCAGACAUCAACCCGGACCGCUUUGCUGUCAUCCCGACCUCUACGACCCUUUCUCUUCGCCUCAGCUCCUGGGCCCAGUCGCUUAACUAAAUCACGCCGAUUUGCAACAGCAGUCGACUCGUUUACUCCAUCCAAGUCUCUACCCCCAUCCACCGAGAUGAUCUUGCCUUCUAGUGAUGAGGCUGAGCUCGGUACCUCGUCGGAUCCACUGCCCCCGAAUUUGACUUUUCAGGCGUAUGUCGGCAAGGGGAAGGGAGUCAGCAAACAGCCUCAGCGACCGGGAUUGGUAAUUCACCAAUCGCCUCCCGACCCACAUACCCCAUUCAUUGUCCCAUUAUCCGAUUUAUCCUCUCUGCAUCCAACUCAAUCUGCGACUUCUGGUGAGACGAUCAGCCUUCCACGCUCUGUGUUUGGGGUUCCUCUUCGUCGAGACAUUCUUCACCGGUGUGUCGUGUGGUUUCUGUCCACACUCAGAAAAGGCAAUCAAUCCACAAAGACCCGGUCCACUGUCGCCUAUUCAGGUCGAAAACUUCGACCGCAGAAGGGAUCCGGCAGAGCUAGAGUGGGUGAUGCGUCCAGUGGAACUCGACGAGGAGGUGCUCCUAUCUUCGCCCUUCAGCCGCGUGAUCAUGCUCAGUUACUGAAUCGUAAGAUUCGGGUCCUUGGAAUGCGUGUGGCACUGUCAUCCAAGUUGAAAACUGGGCUGCUGCGAGUUGUGGGUGAUUUGAAUGAAGGAGGGUGGCUUGGAACGAGAGAAGCGGAGCUGGCGCUCUCUGAUUCGGUCGAGUGGGUCCCGGUCGAACCUUCUCCGCCAACAUCUACGGGCGACGUCUCGAAGUCGGAAGAUGGCGCUGAGGAGAUGGAGGAGGCACGGGUGACUGAACGAUUCGGACCGCGCAAGGAACUCAGCAUCCUUUUCGUUCACCACGGACAGACAAAGCAAGUGGCUACCUUCGAAAGGGCGGUCCGUAAUCUGCCCGGCGUAGAGGUAAUGUCUAUCGACGACGUGCAGGUCUAUCAUAUAAUCAAAUUCAAGUGGUUGAUUAUGGACAAAGCUGCAGUUGAUGAUGUGGUCUCUCGCUUGGGUGGAGAGACGGCCAUCCAAGGCUUGGUAGGGGAUGAGAGUGAUGUCGAGGGAUUGCAAACUGUCACACAGUGAUAUAAUAGGAGCAUGCAUAUGCAGUGAUCAUG